AUGGAUCCUUCUCUCAAUGUCGAUGUUUAUGAAGAAUGUACAACAACUGAAGGAGGUGAGAAUUAAAAUACAGAAAAUUUGGAAGAAAGUAAAAACUAUCAUUCUUUUUCACAGAUUGGCAACCGCCACGACAUAUUGGAUUUGAGUUGACCGAUACAAAAUGUUUCAAAACACCGAGUGGAGUUCAAAAAACUGCAACAAUUUCAAGAGAACAACUACCGAAUGCAAAAAUUGAUUUGAGCGGAAAUAUUUUAGAAGGAGAUUUGUUAGGCGAAGUAAGUUAGGAAUUUGAACAAAUAAUAAUUUUUCAAAAUGAUUUCAGAGUGUUAUUCACUAUGAUCAAGAAGUGAUUUGUGAGCCUUCAACGUCAAAUGCUCCGAUUUCUCAAGAUUUCCGUCAACCUGUUCCACUUCACAGAAUGUCAAUCAGGAUCGGUCAAAAAGUGUUGAAAUUCAAAGUUAUAAAUGCAAGUGAAGCACCGGAAGGUCCGGAUAAAAUAGGUUAGUGUUUCAGUGAGCCUCAAAUCUCCAUAACAAAACUAUAUUUUCAGAUAAUCCAGAGCCGAGCUGGUUAACAGAUCCUGAACCAAUUACUGAACCGAAAUCACUAGCCGGUCUUUAUGUAUGUACAAAUUGUAAAACAUAUUUCGGUAAUCCUGAAGUUUGGCAAAGACAUAUGAGAGAAGUUCAUGUUGAUGCUCGCCCUUUUGCUUGUUUUAGUUGUGGAAUGAAGUUUGCCAAUAAAUCAUCAAUGACAAUGCAUUUAAAAGAUCACGGUAAAUUAGUUUAUUUGCGAAAUUCCAAUAAUUUUUUGAUUUCAGCAUUACUUCGACCUGUUUAUGCUUGUGAUUUUUGUUCAAAAACAUUUUCGAAAAUUGAAAGCAGAAAUUUACAUCGAAAAAUGCAUACUGUUCGAUUUCAAUGUCCAAAUUGUUCGAGGUUUUUCAGAACGCGAGAAUUAUUGAGCAAUCAUUCAGUGAGUUGAUUAUUAUAAAGCUGUUGAUUUAAAAAAAAACACCGGAUUUCAGAACACAUGCACUUCUGAAUACAACGAUGAGAUUCUACCAAAUGGUCUGCCAGCAAGAUUUCGAUGUAGUUAUUGUUCUCGAAGAUUUCAUCAUAAAAAAGACAUGGUUAUCCACGAAAGAAUACAUACUGGAGAAAAACCAUUCACUUGUGGUUAUUGUAGUAAAGGAUUUGCACAAUCUCAAGCACUUACUGCUCAUAUACGAUCGCAUACACACGAGUUGCCAUAUAAAUGUGAAGUUUGUGCGAAAAAGUUCAGAGAUAAGUGAGUGACUAAUUUUGAGAAUGGGGGAAUCUUUGGAAUUCUCAUUCGAAAUUUUUUUUCAUGGUCAAAUCCGACUUCUAAAUAUCUUGUUAGAAAAUUAGAAGUUUAUCACAAAUAAUUUUUAUUCAGCUCGGCUCUACGAAAACAUGAAUUAUCUGUUCAUAUGUCGGAUCCGAUUGCAAAAACAGUUUAUCGAAUCAAUACAAAACCAAAAUUACCGGCGGAAAAUCAGGAAGAAUCUAUUCAAAAUCUAUUAUAG